CCCCGGACUGGCCGCGCCGUCGGGGGGCGGCGACGCCAUGCUGCCCUGGAAGAGGCACAAGUUCGAGCUUCUGGCCGCCGACGAGGAGAAGCCGCCGGCGCCGGCGCCGCCGCCGCCGCCGGGGAAGGCCAAGGGCUCCUGCCAGGCGGGCGCCGGGAGCCUGCCCUGCUCGGCGGCGGCGCUGGGCUCGCUGGCGCGCGCGUGCCCGGCCGAGGGCGCGCUCAGCAGGAUGGGCAACCUGUUCCGCUCCAAGCGCAAGAAGUUCCGCGUGAGCAGCGAGGCGCCCACCUACACGGUGCUGUACCUGGGCAACGCCACCACGCUGCAGGCCAAGGGCGAGGGCUGCACCGACGUGGCCGUGGCCAAGAUCUGGGCCAAGAGCGAGGCGGGCCGCCACGGCACCAAGAUGAAGCUGACCAUCGGGCCGCAGGGCCUCCGCAUGGCGCCCGCCGCCGACGCCGCGCGCCCGGGCCACCUCUACCUGCUGCACCGCGUCACCUACUGCGUGGCUGACCCGCGCCUGCCGCGCCUCUUCGCCUGGAUCUACCGGCACGAGGUGAAGCACAAGGCCGUGCUGCUGCGCUGCCACGCCGUGCUGGUCUCCAAGGCCGAGAAGGCCCGCGCCAUGGCCCUGCUGCUCUACCAGACCUCGGCGGCGGCGCUGGCCGAGUUCCGCCGCCUCAAGAAGCGCGCCGACGCGCGCCACCAGCAGCUGCAGCACGCGGCCGGCGGCGCCAUCCCGCUCGUGCCGCUGCGCAAGCUGCUGCUGCUGCACGGGCCCGGCGGCUGCUACAAGCCGCCCGUCGAGCGCAGCCGCAGCGCGCCCAAGCUGGGCUCCAUCACCGAGGACGCGCUGGGCGAGGAGCUGGAGGAGCGCGCCGCCGGCCUGGCCUGCGCCAACGGCCGCGGCGGCGGCGCCGGCGACGAGGAGGAGGAGGAGGACGACGCCGACGAGGAGGAGGAGGACCUGGGCCAGCUCAUCUGCGGCCUGGGCGAGCUGGCCAUCGGCAACGACGUGGCGCUGCUGCGCGCCGACCUGCGCGUCACGCGGCUGCUCUCGGGCGAGAGCACGGGCAGCGAGUCCUCCAUCGAGAGCAACGGCCGCGACGGAGGCUCCCCGCCGCCGCCGCCCCCGCCCUGCCACGGCCCGGACAGCCCCGAGCCCGACAGCGGAUGAGCCGCCGGCCUGGCUGCUGGUCGGUCGGAGCGAGA